AUGCACAAUCCUUCCGCUUCUGCUGCCCAGCAGAAUAAUGCUGGGCUCAGGCCACCUUCAGCAGGCGCACCUCCUCGAACCCCUAGUCAAACCUCAUCCCAUCGCAGCAAUAGAGCUCACGCACCGGCCGUCGCCGCCGCUGCCGCCGCCCCACCCAGCGUCAAAUCAUCCUUCGCGUCAUCCGAACCACCUCUUGUCAUCGACGGUCCCGGCGGCAGGAUCGCCUGCGUUGCUGACGUGCGCGGCAACCUCUCCCUUUUCAACCAGAUCGCCGCAGAGACGCGCGCUCAGGCCAUCAUUCACACGGGUGACUUUGGUUUCUACGACAAUGCCAGUCUGGAUCGUAUUAGCGACCGUACCCUCCGCCACCUCGUCCAGUACUCGACCCUCAUUGACCCCGCCCUUCGCGCCCGACUCCUUGCCGCCGACCCGCCUCGCGGUCCCGCUGCCACCGAAAAGGGUACUUCCGCCGCCGCCAUGCGCCAGCAUAUUGCUCAGCAGCACAACGGCCUGCCUCUCUCUGAGUUCUCCGACCUACUCACCGGAAAGAUCAAGCUGCAGGUGCCCGUCUUCACCGUCUGGGGUGCUUGCGAAGACGUCGCGAUCCUCGAGCGCUUCCGCACCGGCGAAUACCAGGUCAACAACCUUCACGUGCUUGACGAGGCCACCACAAAGUCCAUCGAGGUCGGCGGCAUCCGUCUGCGUCUCUUUGGUCUCGGUGGUGCUCUCGUCCUUCACAAGCUCUUCGACAAUGGCGAAGGCGCCGCGACCAUCGCCGGUGGUCAGGGAACCAUGUGGACCACUGCCCUUCAGAUUGGCGAGCUCGUCGACACUGCCCAAAAGACCUUUGACCCCACCGAGACUCGUCUGCUCAUCACUCACGCCUCUCCUGGUCGCGAAGGUCUCCUAGCCCAGCUCGCCUUGGCGCUCAAAGCCGAUCUCACUGUCAGUGCCGGCCUCCACUUCCGAUACGGUGUCUCGUACAACGAGUUCAGCGUGCAGCACGACGCAGAGAACUACAGGAACAAGCUCCAGCAUGCCAAGCACGCCUUUGGUGAGAUUUGGGAUACCGUUAAGACGCAGGUGGACGCCGUGAUCGACGACAACCAGAGGAUGUUGCUCAACAAUGCCUUGGCUGUAGCCAACCGUGUUGCGCCCACUGCCACUGCCACGGGCGCAGCGAGCGAGGAGCCGGCCUGGAAGAAUACCUGGAACUGGAACCUGCCAGAUGCUGCGUAUGGUAACGUCGUCUUGAGCAUUAGGGACGGCAGGGUCAGUGCAGAGACCAAGUCGCAGGGGUUCAACUUUGCCUAUCGUAGGAGCGGUCAGCCCAUGAGUGCCGUCACUCCUACUGCUGCGCCCGGCUCGGUUGCGAUUCCGGCUGCAACCCCUGUUGCUCCAGCUGCCAAGGGUCCUCAAGCAACCGCUCCAUCCUCAGCUGCCCCCGCUGCAGCUGCGCAGAGGAACAAUGUUACUCCAGCCUCCGUUCCCACUGCUCCCGCCAAGGCAACCAACACUCGAUCCAUCGAGCCUACCAACGGUGCUGCUGCUGCUUCCACUGCCUCCAGCGCCGCUCCUACUCCUGCUAGCAAAGCUACUGCCACCGCCGCCGUCACCACCACCACUGCCGCCGCCGCUGCACCAUCGUCCACCAAACCCACCAAAGAAAAGAAAGAGCGUCCCACACGCACCGAACGAGGCCACGAAUCCGUCGCUUCGCGAUCCGACCUGGACGGUGGCCUCACCUCCGGCACCGACGGACGCAAAUCCCCCUCGUCCUCCUCCGCCCCACGCAAGCCACGCAAUCCUUUCACGCUCUACGUCUCGCAACUCAAGGAGGCACUGCCUGUCACGGAGGAAGAGCUGCGCACGUACUUUGGCCCUGCUGCCGGAGGGAUCGCGGGCAUCAAGCUGGUGUUUGACAAGCCGCAUCGUCGAGGCCCGUCGAGUGGGAAGGAGGAUGCGGGCGAGGUGCAGAGGAGGCAGAGGCCGUUUGCGUACGUCGAGUUCAAGGACGAGGCGGCGAUGCAGGCUGGGUUGGGUAGACAGGGUGAGGUGUUGAAGGGCGAUAUUCGACCGGCGUUGGAGCAGGCGGAUAGCAACAAGCAGCAGGGAGAGGCGGAGAAGGCCGAGAGAGUUGAGAAGAGGGAGAGGGUCAAGAAGGUGGAUACGGACAAGGAGGAGGAUACGGGAAAGAGUGGCGAUGAAAAGGCCAAGGGAAGGCAGAGGAAGGAGAGGGGCAACGGGAAGGAAAAGGGGGAGAAGGCGGACAAGGCGACCGACAAAGCUGCUCCCACCAGCGUGGCCGGUGUAGAGAGCAGCACUGCGGAAACCGCCGUUAGCGGUGCCCCCGCCUCCAGCCACAACAAGAACAAGAAGAAGAAUAACAGCAAGGACAAGCGCGACAAGCGCGACAAGCCGGACAAGGCUGACAAGGCAGCCACCGUCGCCCCCUCCACCGCUGCCGCUGGUGGGGAGAAGAAGGAGACACCACCCGAAGCCGCUGCUCCAAGCGCAACCCCCGCUCCCGCUCCCGCUGCUCCUGCACCCGCCGCUAAUGCAGCAGACACCGCUUGA